AUGUGUGGAGUCGCCCUAGGAGAUCGUCUAAUUCAGACUGGCACUUUGAGGCACAACGAAUUCAUCAUCAUUGACAAGAACUCCGACUUUGGAGGAGUGUGGAAGAUGAACAAGUAUCCGGGCGCUGUUUGUGACAUUCCCAGCCAUGCUUACGUGAUGAGAUGCUUUCUCAACCCAGGUUGGACGAAGAAGUUUGCGGAGGGGAGGGAGAUCCAACAGUACUACGUUGAUUUCGCCCGCAGAAACCAUCUCGAACGGAGCACUGUUUUCAACACUGUUGUGCACGAGGCAAGAUGGAACACAUCAGAUCGACUAUGGGAAGUUCUCGUCGAGGACGUGUUAACAGGUGACAAAACACGCUGGAUUGCGAACGUAAUUUACGAUAACGGUGGGGGCUGUCAUCGCCCAAAGUACGCCAACAUUCCGGGUAUCGACAAUUUCCAAGGCGAGCAGUGGCACACUGCUGAGUGGCCCAAGGACAAAAGCCUCACAGGAAAGCGGGUAGGUCUGAUAGGUACGGGCCCCAGCGCAGCCCAAGUCGCACCCAAUAUACAGCCCGAUGUCGAGAAGCUGUACGUUUUCCAAAGGAGCUGUGGUCAUGUUCUUCCCCGCAACAACCAUGCGAUUCCGCCGUGGAAGAAGCUGUUGUUCAAGAUCUGCUAUCCUUUGCUGUGGCUAUAUCACGUUAGCUGGUUCAUUUUCUUCGACCAAACCAAGGGCAUGUGGAUCAACGGGACCAAGAAAAAUCGUUCCAUGCACGACGCUUGUCUCUCAUUUUUGGAGAGGGAAGUUGAAGACCCGAAAACACGAGAAAAGCUUCGACCCAAGAAUGACUUUGGGUGCAAGAGGGUUUUAUUUCUGGAUGACUGGUAUUCUCUAUUCAACAAAGAUAACGUGGAAUUGGUCACCGAGAAGCCCAUCAGGAUCACUGCAACCUCCAUAGUAUCGAAGACUCCGCAGUCACUGUCAGACGAAGAACGAGCUGCUGGACCUACCGGAUCAUACCUUGAGACACAGGAAGAGGAUCGUACUGGAGAAGCCACUCGCGAGAUCGAUGUACUCAUCUGGGGGACUGGAUUCGACAUGAACGAUUCGGGUGGCCACUUUCAGAUCUAUGGAGGAGACGGAAAAUCUCUGUCUCAAAAAUGGAGAGACUAUCCUGAGACAUAUUGGAGUCAGUGUCAAGACGCCUUUGAGAUCUGUUCUGGUCGCUGA